GCACUGCCUUACUCAUCAGCGAAUGCAGAAUUUCUUCGGUGGCGAAAAGUAGGUUAGGAGAAAGUUAGCUUUUUAUUAUAAACAUUGCAGUACAUUUAGUCACACUUUAGCCGUUGUGGUGUGUGCUGUGAAUACACGGAACAAUAGUAACGAUACAAAUUUCAAAAAUGGGUUUAGGCGGUAAACAAGAAACAGAAUACACAUUCACGUUACCAGAAAAAGAAAGAAAAAUAGCUUUAGAAGAACUUAGAGAAGAUGACAAUAUCCGUGAACAAUCGUUAGAACAAAUGAGAGAGUGGAUUGCCAAGCAUCCCAAUAUUAAGAAAUGUAGAACUGAUAGCACCUUUUUACUAAGAUUUCUUCGUACGAAAAAGUUCAGUGUACCCUUGGCCUGUGAGAUGGUCGAACGAUACCUCAAAAUUCGCCAGCUGUAUCCCCAGUGGUUCAGAAAGUUGGACUGUGAAGAUCCAGAGUUAAAAGAAAUAAUUGAUUCAGGAUAUUUAUUCCCACUGUUUGAAAGGGAUAGUGGUAGAUGUGUUCUGUUCAGUUGUGUAGGAAAUUUCGAUCCCCACAAAUUCACUUCUGCGCACAUGAUCCGCGUCCACAGCUUAGUUACAGAAUCCCUCAUGGACGACGAAAUGAAUCAGAUUCAUGGUUACACAUACGUAAAUGAUGAAGGGGGAUUUAGCAUGGCCCACAUUUCUUUAUGGAGUCUGGUAGACCUCAGAAAUAUUGUCAGAUGUAUACAGAAUACAACACCCAUGAGGCACAAGGGAAACCACUUCCUUAACAUGAAUCCUAGUGCCGCCAAACUAUUCGAGUAUUCAUCAUCAUUACUUAGUGAAAAACUCAAAAGUAGAUUACAUGUAUACAAAAAUAUCGACGACGUCUACGGACAUAUAGACAAGAAGAUUCUACCCAAAGAAUACGGCGGUGAGGUACCUCUAAAAGAAAUGUUAGACAAAUUUAAGACAUUCUUGAAAGAGAAAAGGGAAUCGAUUCUGGCUUUAGACGAUCUCUACAUCGAAAUCGAUGAGAAGAAUUGUCCAGUGGUAUCGGAAAUGAAUGAAGAACUAGGCGUUGGUCUCGAAGGUUCAUUCAAAAAAUUAACUGUUGAUUAGAACUUAAGUAUAUCAAAAUACAGAAAAAAAAUGGUAAAUACAAUAUAUCUAUCUCAUACCUUGUUACUAUUACUGUUCGUUUUUUCAGUGUUAUAAGGAGAGUUUUUUUUAAUUUGAUUCGAAACAAGUAUUUGUUUAUUGUAUUUACUAUUUUUUGUUCCAUUUCUAAAAUUUUCAGGCUUUCAAGUAGCAGUAUAAUUCAUAAUUUUAAGUCAAUUGCAAAAUUUAACAAAAUUGAUAACUUUUUAAAAUUAAUUUAUGUUCGUGACAAAGUAGGUGACCUACCGGCUUCAAAAAAAAAAUAAACGUUGACUGCAGGAAACUGAAACAAGAAUGGAUACUGGCCGUAACCAAUGGAAAGGUUUGCUGUUGAACUGUUUUGAGAAUGUUUUAACAAACUAAUGUUAAAUUAGGCGAAUCAUGUGAUUUUCAGAUUAAGAUCGACUGUGGGUUUAAUCAAUAAUUUUUUGCCCUGAAUACUCAAAAAGUCCAUCUUCAGCUGAUUAGUCUUUAGGAUUAUGUCGCUCCAAUUCUUACGUUUCUAUUCUACCCCAUAAAAGUUAAAACACUGGAAAAAUAAGCUAAUAGUUUCAUGAUACCACGAUAGCUGCAUCAGAUUAACGACUAAAAUAAGAACAAGAAUCCUUACCAAAUACAACUGUGAGUUCAACCCAACCUAAUUUUUCUAGUUAAUACUUUAUUAUUGCAUGAUCUGCAAUCUCUCUCUUGUCGUUUUCUCAUUACUAAGGGGUCGCUACACUAAUAAUAAAUUUUCUCCAUUGGUCUUCAUCUUCAGUGACUCUUGGAGUUCCGCAGAAUUAGUGGCCGGCUAAAUUCUAAUUAAUUGGUCCAUCUGGUUGGCUACCUCUUCUUAGUUUUCUGUCCGUAAUGUUUACAGAAACAAUUGAUCUCUCUAAAUUAUCGUCACAUCUACAAACCACGUGACAAAAAAACUGUAGAAUUCGUUGCAGACAUAUUGUGGGCAGCUUUUUUUAAUGCCAAGUUGGUUAAGAAUGUAAAUGUCUGUGCGUUGGGAUGGCACAAUCCUACACCACAUCCCAAAGGCAUCAAUUUUUAGUGUUAUUUAUUGUGCAUGAGGAGAGUCCAAAUUUUUGCCCUAUAUCGAAUUGAGAAUACAGGUGCAUUUAUCAAUCUUAUCAUGAUUUUUUGCCAUUCCAUAUUCUGCAAUACUGAAGGAGAAAUUAGACGAGCUAAAACUCAAGCUCAGGCAAUAAAAAUUACAGUUGAGUCCCUGAAUCUUUACCCGUGCGUCAUCAUUAGCAUAAGAAAUAAGUCGAUGAUGAUAAGUCGGAAAUUGAAAUUUACUAAACGCAUCAGCAAGUCACUUACUGUCACUUGCUGUUGCGUUUAGUAAAUUUCAAUUUCCGACUUAUCAUCGACUUAUUUCGUAUGCUUUAAAUGAUGACACACGGGUAAAAAUUCAGGGACUCAACUAUAUAAGAGGACACGUACUACAGCAUAUAGUAAGAUAUUGUAACAUUGAGGUAAAGUUACGUUGGAAAAAUGGUGGGGUUACCAAUCUACACCUUAUGAAAUAUAGGUAACGCUGAAACUGUAUAAACAGAUUAAGAGAUCUUACACAAGGAGGCAUUUUAUAAUUGUAUUGGCAACAUAUAUGUGACAACAUAUCCAGUUUAAAUUGGAAGCAUUUGAAAUGUGGAUCUACCGGAAAAUCUUCAAGAUUUCAUGGACAUCGCAUACCUCAAAUCCAAAGAAUAAUAAGAAGUGCUGCAUAUAAUAGUAAAACUUUUUAACAUAGUGAAAGUUUGAAAACUUAUACUUAGGCCAUAUACUAAAAAAGUACCAAUAUGCUUAACUCUUUGUGAAAUGUAAGAGCGAUGGAAAGGGAAGGCUAUGAAGGAAAAGACUAUCGAGGCUAAGAAACAUCCGACAAUGGAUAGGGCUAAAUUUUAAACAGCUGAAGACAGAGAAGAGUUUGUAAUUGCAACAGCUAACCUCCAUUGAGGAGAUGGAUAAUCUUGCAAUAUUAGUUUUACGCUUAACCUCACUUUUCUCUGACACAACGCUGAUUUGGAACUCCCUCCACAAAUUUACUUGGCUGCCUAUACAUUCCAUGCAGAAAUAUUAAUUAAACUUUAUAGUUUACCAAGCUGAUGUUGGGUUUGAGAUAAAGCAACAAUAUCAAAACUGAGAUACUAGCACCUCUACUAUUGUUAUUCGCUUAAGUGUGUUUUUGUUGAUUUAAAAUAAUGUAUUAAACUGUAACUUUUCAAUAUAUGACAUAUUAGAUAAUACAAUUUUUGCAUAGAUAUUGAUGUGAUUUUGUAAACAUUGUGAUAUUUAUUGUUUUUCAAUUACAGUAGUCACCUUCUCCUAAUUAUUCACAGCUACUGCAUACUGCUUACUGUAUACAAUGUUUCACUUAUUAUGUGUAUUCCGUCAAAAGUAGGUCGUUUUAGCAAUGACACAAAAUGUACUAGUCUGUAGAUUCAGUUUUAUUACUUUAUUAUGUUUAUUAUUAAUUGGAGAUUGAAGUGAUUGACCUACGUUAUCGAUUUUAUGGUAAAUUAAAAUACCUUUACUUUUUAGUGGUCAUGUUUAAUAGAAAAAAAUUUUUUAUAGGAUCAUAAAACUAUCAACUGGAUUAAUUUAGUUGUAAGUGAUAGGUAUAUAAAACACAUGAAACAAAAUAAAUGAGAGCAGUCAGUUACAAAAAAUACAACAAAAAAUUAGGUCACUUUGUUUUCUAGUAAAAAAGACUAAAAAUAAUUAUCUUAUUAAACCAAUAAAUCGGUCAAUCUAAGUUAAAACAUUAAAAGAAGAGAAUCACUCUUCUUAGAAGGAACAGUAGUCGUAGAAAAAUGUCCUCGUAGAAGUUUGGCAAGAAAGUAAAAAAAUUUAAUGGUUGAAAUAAUACAGUCAUCAACCUACUAUUUGAAUCAAUCUCAAAACUUAUAGUCACAUUCCUUAAAGCAGCGGUUCUCAAACUUUUUUAGUCGCGGCACCCUUGUAGGGCUAAACAUAUUUCGAGGCACACCAACCCUUGAAGCGAUUUGGGAAAUGACAAAAAAUGAAAAAAUACAAUUCUGAGGCUCAUUUGAUUUCAAUAUAAACUUUAUUUCAGAUCAGGAAAAUACAGUACAUUUGAUAUUAAAAUAUCCUUACUUAAUGUGAUGAAUGAAACUGUUUGGAUGAUGUUUUCAUUAUAUCCUUUGUAAUUAUGGGAAUCUUUGUAAGUUUGACCGUCAAAACCCUUGAUCCUUGAAGUUUGCUUCUGUAUUUUCUGUUUUUAAUGUAAGCAUAUGCGGAGAAAGAAGACUCACAGAAAUAAGUCGAUGUGAAACACACAAGUUUUUUCACUGCAGCCUUGCCAACAACAUUAUUUUCUGAAUAUACCUGCAUAAAGAACUUUUCUUGGUUUCCUUCACGAUAUUUGAGUUUUAAACUGCUAUCUUCGCUGAUAUAUGAUCUCAAGUAGAUUUUGAAAAACUUAAUUUGUCAUUCCGACAGGUUUAUUUUUUGAGUCGAACGAAAACGAGUCCAUCAUCCAGCUAUAUAAGUCAUCUGAGUCAAUGUCAGGAAAAUAGUUUACAAUACUUAGAGAAAUUUCAAAGAAGUUCGUUUGAGGAUUGAUUUCAUUUGUUAUAACAAAUUCCUGUAAUCGAGAGAAAGUACAAAUAGUCAACAGGUUUCGAUUGGACACUGGCGCAGCGGCCGGUUGUUCGACUUUUCUUAGAUGUUCCAUGUCACCCUUGGCAAAUGCUUGAGGCACCCCAGGGUGCCGCGUCACCCACUUUGAGAACCUCUGCCUUAAAGUCUCAUGACAUCAGAUACCGGUCAUUUCAUACUCAUUUUUCAAUCAGUUAUAACUGUACAGGUUGAAAAUGGCCAAGGAAAGAAGAAUAUCUUAUUUAUUUUAUAUUUAGCUACUUGUAAAAACAUUUUUAUAGUCCUAUGGAAAUAAAGCUAUAACGGUAGAUCAGUGAAAAUCUGAGAAAGGAUCGAUACCAAGAAGAAAAAAAAAACAUCGACGAAGAAUGGAAGACUUCAUCUUCAUAAGAUUUACGAUUUUAAAGAAGGUAUCAGUAAGCUGGUUAUCAGAAAAUUGCAAUCAGUUACCGAGAAUCGAUCUCAGGUAAAUAGAUUCAAUGAGGUAGGUGUCUUUUGGUCGACAUCGACGAAGAAUGGAAGACUUCAUCUUCAUAAGAUUUACGAUUUUAAAGAAGGUAUCAGUAAGCUGGUUAUCAGAAAAUUGCAAUCAGUUACCGAGAAUCGAUCUCAGGUAAAUAGAUUCAAUGAGGUAGGUGUCUUUUGGUCUAUUCCACUGCGACAUUCUCAGACCUAUUCUAGUCCUUUAACCCUAGAUGACAUACUCUAGCCUUUUCUUUUUUAAAAGGUCUAAUAACUUCGAGGCUGAACCUCUCAUGUAGCUCUUUUUUUCGCCCAGUACAAAUAACCGCACAUUUGCCAUGUCAGAUUGACAUAAAAUGUGCUCAGAUGUAUCUUCUUAUAGCCGAUAGAAUCUGCAUAGGUCAUCAUCUGCCAAUCCAAUCAACUUCAACUGCCUAUUCAACUGCCUAUAGAGCUUUUCAUUCACAGUCAUUUGUUUCGAGCUUCUGUCAUGUGUCACAUAAUAUUAAUAUAUCUACGUCAUACGUUAUUGGAAUAUAACAAUGAUACAAACCAGAGACGUAUGACGUAGAUAUAUUAAUAUAAUGUGACAAUGACAGAAGCUCGAAACAAAUGACAAUCGAUGAAAAGCCCUAUUCAACGUUACAGUGCCCUGUUAUCAGAUCUACCAUUGUUUUAACCAGAGGUAUAACCAGGAGGAUCCUAAGGGGGCUUACAACUACUUGAUGGUCUCUGGGGGGUAUGGAAGAGUAAUGGUGUUAAGCGUAUGGAGCUCAAAGUACAUCCAAAAGGGGGGAGGGGAGGGUUAUAACCCCCAACCCCCCUGGUUACGCCUAUAGUUUUAACUGGUUUCCUGUCUUUGCUUAUUAGGUUCGCCGUAAAUUUUGGCAAAUGUUCUGUAAUGAAUUGCUACACUUGUCUUUGUCCUGAUGAAUUCCUCCACCAUUUCAAAGAUUUGUGAACCAUCCACAACGUCACAGAAGGGUUUUAGUCCAAGGAAUGGUAUUCAUGAGCCUUAUUUGGCCAUUAAAUAAUAUGAAUUGUCAUCCCUCGUGCCCCGAUACCAAGGCUACCUAGUAUCUCCUACAGGAAUCCUAGUUUAUUUAGAACAACUAUAACAUUCGAUACUAGCUUAGAAUUGACCUCUACAGAAUUGAGUGCUUUAAGCGCUGCCUGGCUAUCUGUGAAGAUGGCAAUUGAACGGUAUGUUCUUUUCUGUCGUUUUAUUUCUUCCAGGCAAUGAUGGAUUGCGGUUAUUUCCAUAGUUGGAUGGGCCCUAGCCCACAAUAAAAUAUACUUCCACAGAAUGAAAUAGUAUUAGGGAACCAAUACAUAUUAAAAUAAAGUUGACAAUGAUCAUCGCCGACAUCUGUAACGGAUAGGCACGAUUUAAAAAUGAUUCACUCUUUUUAGUCGGGGACGGUUCCUAUAUUUAUUAUACCGUCGAUGGUGAUGCGGUACGCUGAUCUAUAUGAAGAUUAUGUUUGCCGAGAGCUGAAUCUGAGUUGGAAUUGAGACCUAAAAUGGAAUGUUCAUAUAUUCUGUUUUGAAUCCUUUGCUUGGUUUGACCUACAUAAAAUCCUCAACGGACUGCGCAAGAAACUUAUGGUAGGGGAGCCCAAGCAGGGAUUUUUGCAGUAACUCGAGCGCGUCAGAUUAUCAUAUGGGGAGAACCCUGGUACCCUGUAGAUGUACCUCUACCAUAUAUUGGCUCUUAACACAGGCGAGUUCGUUAAGGGGGCCCGAAAAAAAAUCUGUCUUUAAAAAAACUCGAAAUUGUCAGCUUAAGAUAAGGUAAGUUAAGUACAUGCAGAACAGUGUAUAUUUCAAAAAUCUGACGAUUUGAGCGGGGCGUAAGGAAAUGGGUGAGUCACCAAGUUUCACAAGAAAAAAGCGAAUAUUUCGCGAAAUGAAGGAUAGAUCUACAAACUAAAAAAUACGUGCUCAAUAUUUGUCAAACAUCUAUCGAAUGAUAGCAAACACGACUACCCACGGAGAGGGGUGGGGGUAAAUUUAAAAUUUUAAAUACGAAUUCCGCGAUAUUUCACUAUGUUUGAAAAAUCUGUCGAAUGGCACCAAACACGACCCCCAUGGAUGUGGAGUGGGGGGUUACUUUAAAAUUUUAAAUAGCAGCCCCCAUUUUUUAUUGCGGAUUCGGAUUCCUUACGUAAAAGUAGGUAACUUUUAUUUGAAGCAUUUUUUCGAAUUAUGGAUAGAUGGCGCUGUAAUCGUAAAAAACGAUUGUUGGAAAUGGAAAAUUAAAUACAAAAUGGAAAGUCCCCACUAAAAUGGAAAACUUGGCUUAACUUUUUUUGGUUUUAGAACCUACUCUUCAACCCAAUAGGUCCCCAAAGCGCUCGAAUGACUGCACAUUUAGCAUAGUUUCCUCCCCUACUAUUAUACGAGUUUAAAACAAUAUUUUUCCUAAAUAAUAAAGCUCAAACUUUAGCUACUAAAAACAAUGUAACAUUGUUGUAACAAGGGCUGUUAUACAUUUUUACAAAGUUGAUAUCUCUUUACACUAGAUCUAGAACAAUAUUUUUAAAUAGACAAUCAAAAUGUGGGUCAACUGCUUUAAUCUUAUGUCUUUUAGUAUGUAAAUAAAUGUAUAUAUUGCCAGUUGGUGGUGUAAGUUACCUUUUUGUUUGUGUUUCACAAUUUAACGACAACAUCGUUUGAUAAGCUUAUCUUUUUACUUUAGGUAGGUUAGAUAGUGGCAUUUUUGUUAAACAAUAGAAACAAUGUUGCAACAGAUAAAACUGCUUCAAUUAAGUUCUAUUGUAUGCGAUAAACAAUGCUUAUAUAAGUUUUUGAUACUGUCUUAUAAAUACAUUUAUUAAACGAGCCUUAAGCGAGCUCUACAAUCUCCCGAAGUUACUCGUCUAAGUACUAGGGAAACUUGUCCGAAAUGCAUCGCUACAUACUUGUUCAACUUCGAGGAACACAUUCGCGCGGGGAGAAACUAACUUUGACUCGAUCGCAAAAACGGACAUAGAAUGGAAGUAGCCCGAGUCGAAGCGAAGUCGCAUGAAGUACCUCUCUACACUCUCGUGCUCGCUGAACUUCGAUCAACUUCGCGAGUAGUAUAUUGGGCGCUUUGAUUUUAAGCCGAACGGACAAAGAGGGGAGACGAGUUGUCUAUUUCUUAUGGUAGGAAAGGAAUACGGCCAUGAAAUGUCAACAUAACGUGUCAUAUAACCUGAAAUAUUAAAAAUAUCAAGGAAUAUCAAUCAAAAGAAGAAACUGUGAUAAAAAAUAUUGCAAAAGGGAGACGAACAAACAAAAAUACAAUGUAAUGACUUAAAUAGAGAGGUAAAACGAGAAGUAAUCACUAAGAAAUUAGGCCUGGGAAAAAGUGCAAAUUUAUAGACAACCAACUAGCAGGAUCAAUUAUCUAAGAGGCACAAAGGGUUCAGAUCAAGCCCAAAAAUUGAGGAAGCAGAAGAAGCUUUAGGGAAACAAGAUCCAAGAACAAGCAAAUCUUAUCGGUGAGACCAAAAGUCGAAAGAAGGCCAAGAAAUAAAAGAAACUGUAUUAAAACGUAUUGAAAGAUGAAGACGGGCAAACAAACAUACAGCAUAAAGACUUGAAGAUAGAGGUGAAACAAAAAAUAAUAAAAAAAAUAAGACCUGGACAAAAAGUGCGAAUUUAUAGACACCCAUCUAGGACAAACAAUGCGUUCAGAAGCAUGGAGAGCCCAACAAACUAUUGGAACAACUAAUGAAAACAACGUUAGAUUAAGUAUGACAUCUGGGGACACAUGGAUAAAGCACUUCGACAAUCUGUUGACAGAAAAAACAGACAUGAUGGAAAUGAAGAAAAGUUUCUAAAAACAAAUGAAUAAAUCGAAUCUGAAGGAAGGAUAUAGCUAAAAAUAGUACAGGUAGGAGAUGGAGUUAAGGGGAUGAAAUUUAAAAAAAAAACCUAGGCCUAGGUGUAAUAUAUCCAGAGCUGUUGAAAUGCUUCGUAGAUUAUUUGGCGAAAGAGGUCCAGAAGAAUGAAAUAAAUCUUUUCAAUAUACGUAUAAGAAAGUCACAAAAACUGAUCCAGUCAAUUAUAGAGAAAUAGCAGUAAUACCAACAAUAGGCAGAUUAUACUCCAAAAUAUUAUGAAACUUAGCAGAAGUAGACAUUAAAUUCAGAGCUGCAUGAUCUACUAUAGAUUUCCAGUAUAAUAUAUAUUUUAAUAAUCACUAAAUAUCAAUGAAAUAUUUUGAAUGAACGCCUUUGAUUAACUUUCUUAUCAAUCUUGUUCUCUUUUUUCUUUUCUUCAUUUUACUCAUCUUUUAAAUUGCUUCUCCGUUCCUCUUCUCUUCCUAUAUUUUCUUUUCUUCUCAUUUCUUAAUUUCCUAUCUCCUCAUUUCUUCCGUUUCAGCUGUUUAAACGACUUUUCAUUUGUCUCAUAUUUUUUUUAUUUUUCCCUGCUUAGUUUUUUCUUCAUCGUGUAAGUCGCCUUUGUUUCUCAUUCUAAUACACUUUUAGAUUAAUUUUUAUUGUCCUUUUCUCUUUUAUAUAAUAGUAGGAUGGAUGUUAUUUGAAAUAGUAAUUGUUCCUUAAAAUUCUAUAAAUAAACAAUAAGAACAAGUUCUUUUGCUUUCAUUGUUACUAUGUUUUGAAAUGAAUGUCACUAGUACCUACAUAUUUUUAUUUAGUAAUGUAAACGUAUUUAAUAGCUUUAUUAUCUUUAAUAAUAUUUUGUUGAACAGUAACAGUUUUGCGUAUUACGGGUGAAAUUGUUUACAGUUUGUUUAGUACUUUGUACAAUUGUUACAUGUGGAAUAUUAAUGUUAUUUGUUAGCAUAUUUGGCACAACUGCGUUAAUAAAAUUGUUAAAAUUGCACAAAA